ACUCUAUAUGAAAUCUUGGACGAUUCCGAUAAUCUGAUCGUCUUCUUCCUCCAAACUCCUCCCAAGAUCUCUCCGACUCAGUCCACACGAUGUCAUCGGAGGUGCAAUCUAGAUAUGUGAAGCUGACUAAGGAUCAGGCGCCUUUGCAAGAGAUUAAGCCCGGCGAGCUUAAUCAGCCUAUUGAAGUUCCUCAGUUGAAGGUACGAAAGUGCAACGAAUGUGGGCAGCCUUUACCUGAAGACUUUAAGCCUCCAGCAGAUGAACCAUGGACAACUGGGAUUUUUGGCUGUGCGGAAGAUACAGAAAGUUGCUGGACAGGACUAUUUUGUCCAUGUGUUCUAUUUGGGCGUAAUGUUCAGAACUUGAGAGAUGAUACCCCAUUGACUACACCAUGCAUCUGUCACGCUGUUUGUGUUGAAGGUGGUAUUGCACUGGCAGCAGCAACAGCAGUCUUCUAUGGUAUUGAUCCGAGGACUUCAUUUCUAAUAUGUGAGGGCUUGUUUUUUGCUUGGUGGACGUGUGGCAUAUACACUGGUCUUGUUCGGCAGUCCUUACAGAAAAAGUAUCAUCUCAAGAACUCGCCAUGUGAUCCCUGCUUGGUGCACUGCUGCAUGCACUGGUGUGCCUUGUGCCAGGAGCAUAGAGAGAUGAAGAACCGCUUGUCAGACAACUUUGUAAUGCCAGUCACGAUCGUCAACCCUCCUCCUGUUCAAGAGAUGAACUCUGCUACUGAAGACCAGGAUUCAACACCACCCACCGGAAACAGAACCGUGUUGGAGAUGCAGCCUCUAUAAAGAUCUUUACAGAAAGGCACAAUUAGGAAAAUUUGCUACAAACAUUGAUGGCUUCAUUGUACAGCCCUUGCAAUUUUUAAAGGCGAAAAUUAUACUAGUGGUCCAAAACAAUGUUUUUUUU